AUGGACGGGAGCGAGCAAAGGCCCUGGAGCUUUUCGGAAGAAGGGCAGCCAAGGUCAGGAGUGGUGGAAGGUGGAGUGACAAGCAGGGCUGCAGGCAGGCUUUGGAGUGGAAGUGGAGAGCGCAGCGUCACCCCGUCCCUCCGUAUCUUUAAGGAAACAAACCUUUACCGGACACGGGCCAGGGGCCAGGGGCCAGGCACUGCCCUGAAGAUGGGGGAGGCAAGGAAGAAUAGCAGCACCCUCUCAGACAGGAGGAUUCUGGAGUCAAACGGCCUGUGUGGCCUUGGGCAAGUAACUUAA